GGUCGUCCAAAGGGUUCACUUGGAAAAAACAGCAAAAAGAAGGUCAAGGAUGUUAACAAGCCCAAACGUGCAACAUCUGCAUAUUUCUUUUUCCUGGCCCAGUGUCGUAAAGAAGCAGCCAAGGCAGGAAAGGCCCCAACAAAGAUUGCAGAGUUUACCAAAGAAGCAUCAGAAAAAUGGAAAGCUCUUAGUGCAGAUAAGAAAAAGCCUUUUGAGGCUGCAGCUGCAGAUGACAAGAGGAGAUAUGAGACUGAGAUGGCGGUAUACAAAGGAAAGUCAGUUGAUCCCAACAAACCAAAAAGGCCACCAACAGCUUACUUCCUGUUUUUGGCAGACUAUAGAAUUAGGAUGGCUAACAAGGGUAUUGAACACAAGGAACUUUUGAAAAUGGCUGGUGAAGAAUGGAGGUCACUCAGUAAUGAAGAUAAAAAGCCCUAUGAAAAGAAAGCUCUUGAGGAAUCAAAAAAAUAUGAAUCAGCAAUGACAGAAUACAGAAAGACUGGUGGAGCAAGUGGUGGUCCAGCUGCCAAGAAAGCUAAAGUUGUGGAGGAAGAAGAGGAUGAUGAUGAUGAGGAGGAUGAAGAUGAUGAUGAGGAUGAUGAUGAAAACCUUGUGACAACAGUUCCUGUAAAUACUUUUUAACACUCACAUGCUAUAUAUUUACAUCUCUAUUACAUAACAUGAUCAGAACUUUUCCUUACCUUGGAAGGAUCUAGUAAUAUACCAAUUUAUGUGUAGAAAGAUCUGACCUCACAUUUAAAGUUUAACUGUACACUUAAUGAGGAAAUUAGUUUUCAAACAGUUACUCUGUUUUAGCACCAUGCAGACUAGUUGUUGGUUCAAAUAAUGUAUUUUCUCAUUGUUUGUUAUCAACACUGAUUUUUUGGUUAACUGACAACUUAAAUGCGACAGUCGCAAGUUUUAUUUCUCAGGGAUAAUUAUGCCUGCACAUGGCCUCCCUGCCUUUCAUUUUCAGAAGUGGUUUAACACAAGACUGUUUGCUAAGUUGUAGUGAAAGUAACUUAGUUUAAUGAGAUCUUGUUUUUAAGAACAAGACAUUUAAUUUUAUAGCGUUUUGUUAAAUUUUUAAUUCUUUAAGCCACCCCUUGACUUUUACGCAUGUAUUAAGUCUUACCUUUACUUUUAAUUAUACUUUUUAGUAUGAUUUUUUCCAAUAUGAAAUUUUGUUGAUUCCAAAUUUGUUUUGUUUUCAUUAGAUUUGGGGUGGUUAUCAGCAUAUACAUUUUUUAAAGAAAAUUUUGGAAUGAAUGAGUGGUUGAUUUACACUUUUUUUUUUCUUUAUGUUCGAUGCCAUCUUGUGUGUUCGUAUUUGUCUCAUUACAUUUACUGGAGAACUAUCGUUUGAUCAUGACCCUCAUCGUACUUCAUCUUUAUAAUGUAGCAUUUGUGUCCUGGCGUCUCACACACAAUCUUUGGUAUUAGCAAUUUAACAUAAAUGUUUACCGUUGCCAUUGUAUUUGUGUAUAGCAUAGAAACAUGAACAAAAAAAAUCCUUGGUUCAAACAUUUUGUCUGUUCAUUAUGUAAUCUCAUGUCUCAGUGUACAUUUUUUUUUUCUAUCAUCACUGUUAAUAAUUCGAUGUCUAUGAAAAUUGUGUUGUAAUAAAAAUGAAAGUAU